GGAAGUGAGUAUUUUUCGCGCUGAUUGGGACUCGAACUGAGUUUCCCCGCAAAGCUUUAAAUUGAACGGAGUCGGCGUUUUCAAGAUGAUUCAAACUGACUAUUUUCCAAUUUGAUAACUAUUCGAGAAAUUCAGCAGCUGAGUGAGGUUGGAUGGGAUGGACAGUAAGGGACGGUCUGUGAUGGACAGUACCAGUAAGGGGCGGUCUCUGCCCUCGAUGCCAGAGGCCCUCAACCCAGUCAGCAUGAAUCAGCUGUCUGAACCCCUGGGGGGGAGGAUGGGUCGGGGUGGGGGUGAUCUGGGAGCGGACCCAGCCCUGCUGAUGGACAAGUCAGCUGCCCAGUUGGCUGUGACACUCCAGGACAGUGUUCUAAACAACAUGGCUGCCCAUGGUCAUAACCAUAACAACCACAGGCAUGAGAGGCUGAAGGACCUGACGUCCCUCAUGCUGAACGGCGACCAGGACAAGCUGCCCAAGCUGUGCCACCCUGAGCCCCCCACCCUGAAGGGUGCUGAGGCCCCCCCCUCCCACCCCAGCCCCCAGAGGAAGGCCACCUCCCCCGAGAUUAAACUGAAGAUCACCAAGAUGGUGUCCAAGGGGAAACCGCCACACUUCGAGCCGUGCUGUGGAGAGGGGCCCAACCUGCCUGCGGAUACUGAGGGCCUCGUGGCUCUUGCCAGCAAGGAGGGGAGGAGAAAGAGAAGACCCAUUAAACUCAAACACAGCUCUGCCUCUAACCCUGUUCCUGUGGAGGUGUCUGCUGCCAGUCAGCCAGAGGAGGACACUGCUGCCCCACAACAGAUCCAGCAGGCCAGUACUCUGGUGGAGGAGGAGGAGAGCCUGGAGGAGGAGGAGGAGGAGAGCCUGGAGGAGGAGGAGGAGAGCCUGGAGGAGGAGGAGGAGAGCCUGGAGGAGGAGGAGGAGAGCCUGGAGGAGGAGGAGGAGAGCCUGGAGGAGCAGUCUAUCCCUGUCCAUGCAGGGUUCUCCGUGGGUGAUGUGGUGUGGACCAAGGUGCCAGGUUAUCCCUGGUGGCCCUGCAUGGUGUCCACUGAUCCAGAACUCAACACACACCUCAAACACAAAGCAAUUAACAGCCGGACAGCUGGAGUCAUGUACCACGUCCAGUAUUUUGGAGACACCCUGGAGAGACGCUACAUCUUUGAGAAGAACAUGGUGUCAUUCAGGGGGGAGGAGCAAUAUGUCGAGCUCUGCCAUGGUGACAAACCUGCCUCCCGGGUCGUCCACAGGAAGAGUACCAUUCCGUCCGUUCCUCGUAAGCUCCAUGCCCAGUGGGUGGUGGGCAUCACUGAGGCCAAGGAGGCUGCUAGCCUGGCCCUGGAGGAACGCCUGGUCAAGUACACCUUUACCCACGAUAGUGGCGGACCACACCUCAACCCCCGCGUGCUGGCUAAGCUUUACCCUGCUGAGCCUGGCCAAUAUCCUGUACCAUCCAGGCGGAGCCCCCUGCCCCCCAGCCCUGCCAGCCCCCAGGCAGACAGCAGCACUUCCCUGGGGAAGAAGAGAGGAGGCCCCAGAAAAACAGAUGGGAAACGGAAGCAGACUACUUUUACACAGAAAAAGAAAGCUAACAUGGUGGUCUCCCCUAAAGGACCAACACAGAUGCCGUUUCAGGAUGGCCUCUCCACCACCUCAGAGACUGAACUACUUGAAUCUCAGAGCCAGAAGAGGUCCACACUGAGAACUGAGAGGAAGAGAUCCAAAGUGGUUAUUGUGACUACAGACAUUCCAGAAACCCUGUCACCUGCACCCACAGCGAUAGGUAGGAAGGAACGUCAGAAGCAGCAGCCUGGUCAACAGCCCGGUAAACGAGCUCUAAAGGAGACCGAGGAGAAGGACCAACAGCCCAGUAAACGAGCUCUAAAGGAGACCGAGGAGAAGGACCAACAGCCCGGUAAACGAGCUCUAAAGGAGACCGAGGAGAAGGACCAACAGCCCGGUAAACGAGCUCUAAAGGAGACCGAGGAGAAGGACCAACAGCCCGGUAAACAAGCUCUAAAGGAGCCCGAGGAGAAGGACCAACAGCCCGGUAAACGAGCUCUAAAGGAGACCGAGGAGAAGGACCAACAACCCAAAAAGAAACCUAGAGUAGGUGACAAACAGAAGGCUGUGGCAGCAGAGUCCUCCGCCCCCACGAAGAAGAGAAACAGAAAGAAAACGGAGACACAUGUUAAAGGAUUCACUCGGUCUGAAUCACCAGAGAAAGAACCAGAGAAGAUUAAGCCAAUCAGGAAGAGGCAGGACUUGGCCAUCCAAUCAGCAGCUUCCCAGGCCAAGAAGAGGAAGCGAGCAGCAGCCAGUCCUGAGCCAGAGGGCUCUGGCAGUGAGGAGCGUCCAGAGUCCCCCAGUGACAGCAUAGACCAGGCCAGCGGGGCCAAAAAGGCAAACGGAGGAGGCCCCAAGAAGGAAUCUGUCUGUCAGGUGUGUGAGCAGGCUGGAGAGGACGUGGUGCCAUGUGAGGGUCAGUGCUGUGGGUCCUUUCACCUCUCCUGUCUAGGAUCCACCCUGAAACCACAGGACAAGCUGCUCUGUCCAGACUGCACCUCAGGGGUGCACCAGUGUUUCAGCUGUAAGCUGUCGGAGGGGGAGGUGCAUCGCUGUAACGUGCUCCACUGUGGGAUGUUCUACCAUGACGCCUGCGUCCGCAACAAUACCCUCACUGUGUUUGACAACAAGGGCUUCCACUGCCCGCUUCACACCUGCAUCAGCUGCCACUCCAAACCCAAGGCUACCAAGGGUAAGCUGAUGCGUUGCCUGCGCUGCCCGGUGGCGUACCAUACAGGAGAGGUGUGUGUUGCAGCUGGCAGUGAGAUGUUGACCCCCACCACCAUCAUCUGCACAAACCAUUUCUCACCCAAGAAGGGCUACAGCCACCACUCGCAUGUCAACGUCAGCUGGUGCUUCGUCUGCUCCAAAGGUCAGUAUCUACUCCUCUGUAGAACGACAGUAAUAUUGAAGACUGCUGCUGGAGUCCAAGCAGGAGAACGUGUUGCCUUGUGCACUAGGUCAGAUACUGUCUGUCAUCCUGUAGGUGGUCAGCUCCUGUGCUGUGAGUCGUGUCCAGCAGCGUUCCAUCCAGACUGUCUGAACAUCGCCAUGCCGGACGGCAGCUGGUUCUGUAACGACUGCCGGGCCGGAAAGAAACCCAAAUAUAGAGACAUCAUCUGGGUCAAACUGGGCAACUACAGGUGGUGGCCUGCAGAGAUCCAGCACCCCCGGAACAUCCCCACCAACAUCCAGCACCUUCGCCACAAAAUCGGAGAGUUCCCAGUCUUCUUCUUUGGUUCUAAGGACUACUUCUGGACGCACCAGGGUCGAGUUUUCCCCUACAUGGAGGGAGACAGGGGCAGCAGGGUCCAGAAGACUGGGAUAGGGAAGGUCUUCAAGAACGCGCUUUUGGAGGCAGAGAAUCGCUUCAAGGAGAUCAAGAUGGAACGGGAGGCCAAGGAGACGCAGGAGAACAACAGGAAACCACCUCCGUACAAAUACAUCAAGAUCAACAAGCCCUGUGGCCGGGUGCAGGUCUACACAGCCGACGUGUCGGAGAUCCCCAAGUGUAACUGUAAGCCCACGGAUGAGAAGCCGUGUGGGUUUGAGUCAGAAUGCCUGAACAGGAUGUUGAUGUACGAGUGCCACCCUCAGGUCUGUCCCAGCGCAGAGCGAUGCUGCAACCAGGAGUUCACCAAGAGACACUACCCAGAGACUAAGAUCAUCAAGACUGCUGGCAAGGGCUGGGGCCUGGUGGCACUACGGGAUAUUAAGAAGGGUGAGUUUGUGAAUGAGUACAUCGGAGAGCUGAUCGAUGAAGAGGAAUGUCGCUCCAGGAUCAAGUACUACCAGGAGAAUGACAUCACUCACUUCUACAUGCUCACCAUCGAUAAGGACCGGAUCAUAGACGCUGGCCCCAAAGGAAACUACUCCCGCUUCAUGAACCACAGCUGCCAGCCCAACUGUGACACGCAAAAGUGGACGGUGAACGGAGACACGAGAGUCGGGCUGUUCGCUGUCUGUGACAUCCCUGCUGGGACAGAGCUCACCUUCAACUACAACCUGGAUUGCCUUGGUAAUGAAAAGAUGGCGUGUCGCUGUGGGGCUUCCAACUGUAGCGGUUUCCUUGGAGAUCGGCCCAAGACGUCUGGUUUCCAGGCCGCGGAGCCCAAGGGGAAGAAAGCCAAGAAGAAAGUGAAGAAGCGUCGGGGGAAGGAGUCUGAGGACGAGUGUUUCCGCUGUGGAGACGGAGGGCAGCUGGUUCUGUGUGACAGGAAGAGCUGCACCAAGGCCUUCCACCUCUCCUGCCUAGACCGCACCAAGAGACCGUUCGGGCGCUGGGACUGCCCGUGGCACCACUGUGACGUGUGUGGAAAGCCAUCUGAGGCAUUCUGCCAGCUGUGCCCCAACUCAUUCUGCAAGAACCACCAGGAAGGGGUGCUACGGCCCUUGCCCCCCAAGGGACAGCUCUGCUGCCAGGAGCACGACCACCUCUAACACAACACCCAGAGUGGACUGAGGCCUAGGCUGACCCGGACCCCGACACACCCCCUCGGACUCCCCAAAGGCUUCAGGAGAGGCCUUGACCACAGUCUGGGAGACGCUGACCUGCAGCAGAACUGGGCCCAACUCCAUAAUGUCUUCAAGAUGACAGACGGACAGAAAUCCCUUUAUCAAUGUAUGUUGUCUCUCUCCUCAUCAGGGAUCUGCUGUACUAAUCUACAACUCGAACCAACCAGGUCCUUUUACACUCAGAUAGCCAGCUAAUCAGGUCCUUCCACCUGUAAGUUGUUUGUCUGUAACUCGUCUGCACUGAGAGAACUAAACACACACCUGUCUGUGGUACAAACACACAAGACAGUCAGCAGAGUACAGUACACCUCCCAACUACAGUCAGCAGAGUACAGUACACCUCCCAGCUACAGCCGGCUACAGCAUUUGUCUCAUCUCUUGAAGCGCCACUGCUCUCCUCUCAUAGAUGACUUUAAACAGUAGAAGUUUCUAUUAUUUAUGUGUGUAUAUGAAAGAGCAAUGUUCUAGUAAUACUGGAAUAUUGUUAGUUCCAGGUGGUUUUAUAUCUGAUAAGUAAUAUCUAAGGAUAGGCCUUGAAUUAGGUUUGUUUCCUGUAAUAGCCAUAGGAUACAUUUAAUUUUAAGUACAUGAUAUUGUUUUAAUUGUUUUCUUCAUUUGAGUGAUACUAGUAUACCUGGUCAGAUAGUGUUAUUAAAGCACAGAGCUGAAACCUUA